UCUAAACGAUUAGAAUUGUUGUGAAAUAGUUAGUUCAGCUAAACAGCUGUUGAGUGUGAAUCCAAAAUUAAUAAAUAUUAAAAUUACUAUUGAUUUUAGGAAAAAAAAUAAGGUUUUUAACAUUGUGUUGCCAUCCGGUCGUUGUAUUUAACAUGUUGCGACUUUAGUUUUCAAAAUACUAUUAAUUAUAUAACAAUGGCAUCAAAAAAAGUUUUAAUCGGCGGCUUUUUGUAUUGAUAAGUCCACUGAGUGAUUUUUCAUCUUAACAGUAAACGCGGAAUAAUCUCUUAACAGGAGUGUAAAUGGAGGCGGUACUGGAUUUAUUGGAAAGCACUUGGGACAAGUAUUGACAAACAAAAAAUAUCCCAUUGUAAAUGUAUCACGAAUGCCAAGCACAAAUUCAAUAACAUGGACAGAUGUUGAAACUAGUUUACCUGAACAAACAAAUGCAGUUGUUAAUCUUGCUGGACAACAAACAAUGGAUUUUACUAGGAGCUGGACGCCAGGCUUUAAACAAAAUGUGAAAAAUUCAAGAGUCUUUACCACAAGGGCUUUAGCCACAGCUAUCAAUAAAAGUUAUGAUAAGCCUAAAGUAUAUGUCGUUGUCACCGGGGUAGGUGCUUAUGAGCCUUCAGAGAAUAAAAAGUAUGAUGAAUUCAGCCCUACAACAGGCAAUGAUUUCUUUUCUAAACUGUUAGUGGAAUGGGAAGAAGCUGCUAAAGUUGACCCACCAGUCAGACUUGUUAUAAUCAGGUCAGGGGUUGUCCUCGGACGAGACGGUGGAAUGAUAAAAAAUAUGAUCCUACCAUUUUUCUUUGGUCUUGGUGGUCCACUCGGUUCAGGAAAACAAUAUCUACCCUGGAUACAUAUCGAAGACUUGAGUCGGCUCAUAACAUUUGCUAUAGAAAAUGAAAAUGUCAAGGGAAUAUUAAAUGGAGUAGCGCCACAUGUGGUGACAAAUGGAGAAUUUACGAAGGCAUUUGCGAGAGCGUUAUCGAGGCCAGCAUUUUUUCCGGUUCCGGAAUUUUUACUGAAUUUUCUUUUACAUGAAGAAAGGGCAAUGUUGAUGACAAAAGGCCAACAUGUUACACCGAAAAGAGUUUUAGAAUAUGGUUUCCAAUACAAAUACGAUAAUAUUGAGGCGGCUUGCAAGGAGUGCGCACAUCUGUUUCCGAAGAAAUAGUUUUAGUCGUAAGACAGGUUUUUGUUUUUAACAUUUAUUAGCGUUCAUUAAAUGAUUUAAGGCUUAA